AUGGCGCCCAUGUCCGAGGAGGACCUGGAGUGGUUCAAGUCGACUUUCCACCCCAUCCCCAAGCCGGAGAUCCCUGACGAUAGCGUCGAUUAUUCUCUUUACUAUAUUCCUUCCAGCCCCGCCCCCGCGGUGGUCGACGAAGUCGCUGAAACGCGUGCGAGAUUGGUAGAGGUGCAACGUACCUCUGCAGAAUUGGUAAAAGACCUUCUAAAGGAUUAUAUCUGGCAACGUGAAAGCUUUCGGCUGGAGAUCACGAAAGAUAAUGCCACUGACGGAUACCUAGGAGUCACCUCUUUGCAUGGCCGCACCAACUUCGGAGAUUCAAUUGAGGACGAGUGGGUGAUCGUAUAUCUGUUGCGCGAGUUGACUAAGAAGCACAAAAAUGUCUGGGCGAAAGCUGUGGAUGGUGAUGGUCAGUUCCUUUUGGUGGAAGCUGCCGCCACGCUACCUGCUUGGCUGGAACCUGAGGUAGCAGAUAACAGAGUCUGGAUUAACCAAGGUCAACUUGUCAUAAUUAAGCCCAAGAACGAUAAGAAAGAUAGAGUGACAGAGAAGAUAUCGCUGUCGGAUGCAAAGAAGAUCAUCAUGGAGGAGCCGGGGCGUCUUAUGAGAUCUACCAUGAUUCAGGAGGAGGCGUUCUACCGCUUGCGUAACUAUCCCCAACAGAUCAACGAAAACCUUCACUCCGCGUUCGUGACCAUCCCUCGCAAAAUUGCCUUCCUACUUCAUCAGAAGCCCGCAUAUAUCUCUGCCGCUGUCGAAGCCUUCUAUCUGCGCGACCCGAUUGCACUGCGACCUCUUCGAUCCAAGGAUGCCGACAGCUUCAUCUUCAAGCCUGAAGAUUUCGUCACCGUGAGCGUCCGCUUCACGCGGGUUGGAUAUGCUCAACUCAAAAGCCAGGACUUUCCAGUACCGAAGUCAUGGAACGAUAAACUACCCACAACAGAUGAUCAGAAAGCAUAUGAUCGGGCCGAGAUAGGCAUGAAAUUGGCUUGUGGAUUUGAGAUGCUUCUCACGGAUCCUCAAAAUCAAGACAAGACAGCAGUCAGGGAAAUGAAGCUUAUUUUGGAAGACCUGGAUACUGGUGAUGAACAACUGCCCACGGACAAAGACAUCGAAGCCUGGGACAAGCGGCAAGAUGACGAGAAAUGGCUCGACAUCAGCUUUGAAGACUUAGAUCGGGAGCUCAAAGGCAAGGGGAAAGACAAAGACGGUAGACCGCUCGCCGAGGGUACCUUUGGUGAUGCGAACGCGCAAGAAAAUCUUCAGCGUAUUGUGGCGCAAUUCGAGAAGUUCCUGAAUGAUGAUUCGGCUGGCUUCGAAGGAGCAGAAUUCUUCGAUGACUAUGGCACUGAUACUGACAAUGAGGAUGAGGAUGAGGAUGAGGAUGAGAUGAGCAGUGAUGGUGAAGAUAAAGAGGCUUCGUUUGAUGAAGAGGAAUUUUCGAGGAUGAUGAAGGAAAUGAUGGGAAUGCCAUCAGGCGGCUCUGGCCUGCCGGGCUCGUCUCGGCCUUCGAAGCCGCGGGGGCGAGUGGAGGAACUGGAUAGCGAAUCCGAGGAUGACACCGAGCAGAUUAAGGAACUUUCGAAGCAAAUGGAGGCAGAAUUGAAAGGCACGGGAGUGCUCGACCUCAAUCGCAAGCCCAAGACAGCCGGUGACAAGCAGGCUUUGGCUGAUACCAAGUCAGGUGAAGCGGAAGACGAUGAUCUACCUGAACUGGAUGAGGACGACAUUGACAUCAACUUCGCAAAAAACCUUCUUGAAAGUCUUCAGGGCCAAUGUGGCGCGGCUGGCCCUGCAGGAAAUAUGCUUUCUAUGAUGAAUCUAGCUAUGCCCAAAGACGAUCGUCAUCGCUGA